ACUCCCCCGCAGCUGAAAGAAAAGACACUAGGGAGCGGAGAGCAGCGGUUAACUUGAGGCGCCCGAGAAGUUGAACUUAUCCAAAAACCUUGAGAUUUGACCAUCGCCGAUCAAACACAAACACACCCGCGUCGAGCGAGUUAAAAGUCACUUUCACGUCAUAGAUCGAAAGACCGGGCGGACGAUUGUGUUACUUUUUGAGUUACCUCACUUUUGGGUUUUAUUGUACCUCAGCCUUCGAGUCGCUGGUGGGACACAAGUAUGCGGAGCAUUUGGAUUGUGUUCGUGAUCGGGUUGGCGACCGGGUAUCUCAGUGAGAAACUCCUGGUGUCUUCCCAGACCUCUCCCGGUUCAGAUGAUAUGUACCUGGAGGGCCAGUCGUCGGGGGGCAUCCCUUCCGACGACGAAGAUGAUGAAACCAAUAUCUCAGGCUCCGGAAUGAGUGAAUUCGACACAACGGAGAUCCCAGAUAUAAUGAACAAGACAUGGAGCCUGGACUUUAAGACUGUGACCCCGGAUGGUACACUGGCGGCCACUAGCUCACCGACCAUGAUGCAGGAUGGUACAACCCCUCCAUACAUGAUCCAAGCCGAGACUGAGGUAACAGGGCUGGAAGCCUCAGAAGAACCUGAAAUUGAACCUGAUACCGCAGUCCCUGAGUUCCCCACCACAUUUACCUCGGACGACGACAUCAUCCUGCCUGAGGAGAGUGACAGGGUCUUAUCUAAAGCCGGCUCGAGGGAAGAGAUGGUGGUGGAACCAGAAUUCGUGUCUGAUAACAUGUGGCAAAGGACGGAGGUGCUGGCUGCGGUGAUAGCGUGCGGCGUGGUCGGGUUCCUGUGCGCCCUUUUCCUGGUCCUGUUCAUCGCCUACCGCAUGAAGAAGAAGGACGAGGGGAGCUACGCGCUGGGCAUGGCCAAGGUCCCCCCCAGUGCCUACCAGAAGCAGCCCCCCAAGGAGUUCUACGCCUGAACCUCAGCUGACCUCGACGGCAGCCGGCGCCCGGGGACGUGUGUGCUCUCGUUGCGUCUGACAAUCAGCACUCGAAGACACGGGGCAUUAUCAAUCAUUCGAAGUCUGAAGGGAGAGUGUUUCGUGUUUCGUUACAAGAGAAACCCGACACCGCGAAUCAACCCCCCCCCCCCCCCCCCCCCCCCGCCCGGUGCAGCCUCAUUACCCGGGUUUUUCCAAAUGCAACCGUUUUUUCUGAUUGGCCAAACGUCGGUGACAUCACCUUGUCUAACAGAAUGUUGUCACCGAUUCACAAAGAGAUAUAGCAGUCCUUUUUAGGGGAGGGCGGAGUGGGUCAGAGCUUUGGAUGUUGUCCCAGGGAUUUGAGUUUUUGUGUUUUUAGCGUGGCUUUUUGCUCUGCAACGCUUUUUACUUUUAGUCGAGCCUCCUCCCCUUUCACCUCUUUCUGUCAUAUAGUCUUCUUUUCCCAUCGCCGCCUGCCUUAUUCUCUGAAUUAUGAAUGAUUAGCCAAAAACCAAAAUGUCGGACUGUCCAAUGGAAGGGGAUUUAGCGGCUGAUGUGUAUUCGAAGGCUCAAGAAAUUAAAACGAAAUAAUAUCGUA